GUUACAUUAAACGUCGUUGGUGCAUUCUGUAAACGAACUAAUGUUUGUUGAACCGUUCUUUUACGCAUUUUUAGGUGUUUUAAGUAGCAUUACAUGAUUUCUGACACAUGGAUUUUAAGUAUUUUUUAUGACAAGUAACCUAAGCAGACAUUUAGUUGUAAUGGUAGGAAGUAAUGGGAGAUCAAUUGUACGGUGGUUAAGCAAAACGAUAAUGGCUGACAAUAUUUCAGUGAAAAAAAUUCGGCCAUUUACCGUUUUUGUAGAAGGCAAUAUUGGUAGUGGGAAGACCACUUUCUUGAAUCAUUUUGCAAAUGCUGAUGUUCAGUUACUGUCAGAACCUGUGGAAAUGUGGAGAAAUGUAGAAGGCCACAAUUUACUUGGUUUAAUGUAUGAGAAUCCAUCUCGCUGGGGCUUAACAUUUCAAACAUAUGUUCAGUUAACAAUGGUCGAUCUACAUACACGCCCAGCAGCUUAUCCUGUGAAGAUGAUGGAACGCUCGAUAUACAGUGCCAGGUAUUGUUUUGUAGAGAAUUUAGUUCAGGAAGGACUGAUGCCUACUUGUGAGUAUGUUGUUUUGGAUGAGUGGUUUAAAUGGAUCACAUCUCAUUUAGAUACUGGCGGAGAUCUUAUAGUUUACUUGCGCACUAGUCCAGAAGUGGUAUUUGAACGUAUGAAAGUACGUGCACGGAAAGAAGAGACACACGUAUCACUUCAGUAUCUAACAAAACUCCAUGAACUACAUGAGGACUGGCUUUUCAAUCGGACAAAAUUCAGUUGUCCAGCCCCUGUGAUCACAUUGGAUGCCAACCGUGACAUUAAUGAAAUGGAAGAGGAAUUCCGCAAAUGUGAACCAAAGAUUCUUUUCCAACAGCAGAACUAAAAACAGGAAGAUUGAACACCUUCUGUCACCUCUAUUGGUGGUCAUGCCAUAUAAGUAAAUAUGGUUAAAGAAUGGCAGAUAGAGACCAUUUCCAAACUUCAAAAAGGAAAAUAAAAGUUAUUGUUUUUUAUUGAGUUCUAAAGAUGCAUUUUGAUUAUGUUAUUAUUAUUAUUAUUUUGAAAUAAUCAUAUAGAACAACAGCUCUGUUUACUGAAAACUUAUGAUUGUGGCUUAAAACUGUGUUCUCCUGAGUUAUAAAGUAGAAUUUAUUCCUUGUUAAAAUGAUCUCUUAAGUGACCUUAAGUUUCAAUAUCAGUGCUAAAUUGUGGAAAAGUUACCUAUAUUUCUAUAGUAAAGGGAUUAUGAUGUUCCAGAAAAAGAAACAUAAUCUUAGAUUAGACAUGAAAUUCCCAUAUUGGAUAUUAAAAUUACUGAUACCAUGAAGUCUGGUACAGGGUCAAAAAUCGCAGGGCAACCACUAUAAUAGAAUAAGAUAUUUAUAAGACUGCUACAGAGGGCUGGAUGGGCAUUGCCUAGGCAUUCUUUGUAUACACAUUUAUUUUACAAAAUAAAGAAGAUAAAAAAGCAGACACAGCAACACAAAACAUUGACAAUCACUACACACACAGCCAGAAUAACUCAACAAGUGAUACCAACACACCACUGGAAAAGAAACAAUAGAACAUUAACACUUAAUAUAUAAUACAUUCCUGCAAAAAAAAAA